AUGUCCCCUCUCCUCGACUGGCUGGUCGAACAUGAACCCUUAUUUCGCAAAACACGGCUCCCCUCGUUAUACUCCGACCUCAACGUCCAGCGCACGUCCAACCCCGAAGGCUACACCGCCAACGUGACCGCCUGGUCGUCCGCCCUGACUCACGCCGCGGUCGCGGGGCAAAUCCCCCAUGAACAGCACCAUUUGAUUCUGCAAACGAACGACGAACUCCUCAAUGCGCUGGCAAGUCCGACAUACGGGAGGCCUAGUGGGCUCGGGACCGUGGUGGACGAAUGCGUCAGGCAAGGGAAGAUGGUGGAUCUACAAGACUUUAUAAGCUCAGAAAAGAGCAUAUACUCCCGUAGUUGGAUACCGAGCCCGUGGGCAGUCCUGCGUUGGGGCUUACAAAAAGCUGGCCUGUCGUGGAGCAGCUUCGAUCUACGCGGUGGCAGGUUAAAGGCAGCAAAGCUCGCGCUGGUUCCAGCGUUGGAAGAAGUCUGGAAAAGACUAUCCGCUGCGAGGGAAGCAGGAGCAAAGGCACAGACUCUGACUGACCGAGUCAUGACGCGAGAGAUGUUUAUGAAGGACGUUAACGGCGUCCUCAGCCAGGCCGGCGACAUAACAGGGUCGCUAUCAGACCAGGAUCUGGACGUGCUCCUCCGCUACCUCUCCCGGGACAAACAAGUUCUGUCCUACGACGCCAAUACCGUCAAGUUCAAAUCGCCCUCCUCUACAAGCACACCCGAGCCGAUAACCCAGGGAGAUCGCUCCAUCGCGUCACUAAAAUCCCUCAUCGAAGACCUACUCCAAAAAACCGCGACCAUGUCCGCCCGUAUCACGACACUACAAGAAAAAGCCUCGGGGGCCGUGAAAUCCGGCAACAAAGUCAGUGCCCUCUCGGCCCUGCGCUCGAAGAAGCUCGCCGAACGGGCCCUCCAGCAACGUCUCGACACCCUACAUCAACUGGAAGAGAUCUACACCAAAAUUGAAUCCGCCGUGGACCAGGUUGAAAUCCUCGCGGUGAUGGAAUCGUCGGCGUCGGUGCUCAAGACGCUCAACAAGCGCGUUGGAGGCGUCGAGCGCGUCGAGGACGUCCUGGAGAGCCUGCGAGAGGAGGUGAGCAAGGUCGACGAAGUGUCCGACGUGCUGGCGGAGCCAGUGGACCAGAAGGCGGUCUUGGACGAGGACGAAGUGGACGAAGAGUUCGAGGCGAUGGAGCGAGAAGAGCGCGAUCGGACGCGGAAGGCCGAGGAGGAGAAGACCCGGCAGAAACUCCAGGAGCUGGACGCGCUGGAGCAGCUGCACCAGGACAAGGAGAGGGAGAGCGAAAGAAGCGAGCUGAAAAAGCAACGGGAAGGAGGAGGAGAUGAUGAUGAUGAACAGGCCCUCUUGUCGACGAGCAUAGAGAAGAUGCAGAGAUUGGAUAUCGGCGGGCGAACAGAUGGAGAAGGCAUGCAGAGGCAGCCACAACAAACAAAAGAAGGAUCAGGGCGUAUCGAGCAGAUCGCUCAAGAGGCAACCUAG